UUUGCCGUCUACUUGUUUGUAUAGUCCGUGCGGUUCCUCCUGUUAUCGAAUCCGCCCCGGAACUUGUUAUGAACUUGAUGAUUUAGCGAGAAAAUGUCAAUUAAUCUGACGAAAAACAAUGAUGCCUUGGUGGCCGCUUGGCACAGCGUGGUCAACGAUAAAUUGUCUACUAACUGGGCUCUGUUUGGCUAUGAAGGGCAGACUAAUAAUUUAAAAGUAGAUGGAACAGGAAAUGGUGGUUUGGAAGAAAUGAUUGAUCGACUGAAUAGUAGUCACAUCAUGUAUGCAUUUUGUAAAGUUAUCGAUACUAAAACAAGUCUACCAAAAUAUUUACUUAUUAAUUGGCAAGGGGAAGGUGCUCCAAUUGUUAGAAAAGGAACAUGCGCUAAUCACAUUAGAGAUAUAGAAAAAUUGUUGAAGGGAGCACAUAUAACAAUUACUGCACGUUCUGAAGAUGAUGUGGAGGUAGACAUGAUUAUGGAAAAGCUUGCACGAGCAACAGCUUCUGCAUAUAAAUUCAAUGAACCUCGUAGUGAAAACGAAGGAAACACAGGUCCUGUUGGAACAACAUAUCGCAGAGUAAACCCUGAACAAGAAAUAAAUGCAAUGGAGAGAGAUCAGUUUUGGGAAAAGGAAGAAAUGGAGGAGAAAAGAAGAUUGGAGCAAGAGCGUCUGCGUUGCGAACAAGAGCGGCAGAAGUUAGAACGAGAAGUUAGAGCUCGGGAAGAAAAGGAAACGCAACUGAGAGAACAACAAGUAACGGCAAAGGAAAAUUCAAUCGCUCGUCAAAAACUAGCUGAACAGCGUGCCGAAAAUGUAAACAACUUACGCAAUCAAGUGGCUGCUCAAAAUUACAGCAAUGACGUCGAAGAUGAUCAUAAAUCGCGAAGCGAAGAACUACGGAGACAAAGGAGCAAAGAAACACAACAAUUGAUUGCUCAAAGAACAAUAAAUGCUCGAGCGAUAUUUGAACAGAAUUCAGCGGCCGGUCAAAUGAAGACGAGUUCUGCUCAACAAUUCUUACCUAAGAACAAUCAUGUGGAAUCAAUGAGAAAAGCGUUGGAGGAGACUCAGAUAAAGGAUCAGUCCGACGUGAAAUCUCGUGAGGAAACAUUAACUGAAGCGAAAAAAUCAACAAAUGCGGAAACAAUUGUCUCUUCUGUAGUGUCUCAAUCUCAAAAUACCAAUCAAGAAUUAAAAACAACUGCCAAUCCGCAAUCAGAACCUGGACAAACGACAGAGACUAAGGAGCAGGUCGCCGAAAACGAAUUGUACAACCAAUUAGAUGGCCCGUACUUAUACUUUGAUCCAAAUAACGAGGGAAUGAAAGCUAGAGCUUUGUAUGAUUAUCAGGCCGCUGACGACACAGAAAUCACUUUUGAUCCCGGAGAUAUAAUUACGCAUAUUGACGCAAUUGACGAAGGCUGGUGGCAAGGGCUCGGACCAGAUGGUACAUACGGACUUUUCCCUGCUAAUUACGUUGAAGUUAUCGAGUACAAUACAACAUGAUAAAACAUGUUUCCAGAAAAAUUUAUGAAGAUUACUUAUAAUUUUCUUCAUAACUAUCCACAUGAAUUCACUUGCAUGUAAGACAUUGAUAUCAGCGCAAUAUUAUCCCUGAUAAAUGCUGUUACACAAGCAUAAGUAAGAAAUUGAACCACGUGAUAAAAUUAAUUCCGAAUGACUAGAAAAAAAA